AUGACAUUUUUGUGGGGGUCGGGACUUAGUUGCUCUUAUACUCCUAUCUGGUUGAUCAACACAAUAACUAAGCUCAUGGAAAGCUACUACGUCCUUACCGAUGGGUACAAGCUGUUUAAAAUCGCAAUUAUAACAUUUAAUGCUCGAUUGCAUAUUCACUAGCUUUACGAACAAUGCAUUGCUAUGUACCUAUUUCAAACCAGGUUGCACUCAAGUCAACCUGCGUAGCAAGCGCAAAGGGGAAGGAGAGAAAAAAGCGAGUGGGAAGCUAGGGGAAUUGGAAGGAGGGAAGAAUGUGCGAGCUUUUCCUCAGCGCUCGCUUUUAGAGCCCGUCCUUUCCCCUCUCACUCCCUACACAGGAUAUACGCAGGUAAAUCCAUUUUCCUCAGCCCACAGUGCAUUAUGCAAGCCUGUGUUCCCGUUUAAAUACAGCAAGAUUAUCGCUCCGGAGGUCGAAUAAUGGUGAUAUGGGUGUUCGAAAAAGCCUGAUACUUAGACAUUAAAACCAUGGAGAGGCUGGAUAUGUUGAGUAAAAACUAGCUUGCAAGCACUACAGCUAGCAGGUUACCAGUCCUGCACUUAGAAACUGCCUUCCAAAACAUAUUUUAAAAAACGAUUGAGUGGGAAUAUAUUUGUACUAUUUUUGUAUACAUAAUUAUUACUAUAAUUUUUAUGUUGUUAACCUAGCAGAUAUAAUUCCACCAUUCGUCGGCGACAGGAUUCGUUAGCACCUUAUAACACCAAAAAGCGAGAACCACCAGUAGCAGUAGACACAGGGUUGAUGGCUCAUGCAAACACUAGAAAACGGGAACUGGUAGAUAAAUUGUACAACUUGGGUAUGUCAAUUUCGUACGACUGGGUGCCCGAAAUCCCCACAAACAUAGGGAACGCUGUAUGUCAGCAAUUUCAUCAAGAGGAGGUUUUGUGUCCCUCAAAUCUACGAAAAGACUAUUUACAACUAGCGCAUAUGAUAAUAUUGAUCAUAACCCGAGUGCUACAACUGCCAAGGGAUCAUUCCAUGGUACGGGAAUAUCCCUAUUCCAACACCCAACAGAAAACAACCCGGCAGAGACAAGAAGAGUUACCCGUAUUUGCAGCGAUGCUAUCGCAAAAACAUCCAUUUCACCAGUCACCGAAGAAUAUGCCUCUGUAAGGCCAUUCGUUCUUCCCAAGGAGAAGCCUGAUGUACCAGAGGCUAACGUGACUUUUAACGAUGAAAUGAAGGCCUUGCCUGUCGCUCUUGAUACUAACCAAACCUGGCUCAAGCACGUGUCAGAUGUGGUGGAACAAAGCGGAGACGAUGAAAGUCAGGCGAUGGACGUAUCUUUGUCUGUAUACCACGCCAGUAGCAAUCAUCACACCUUCAAACAGAUACUACGUCGUUGCUCCCCCUUUUCAGAGAAGAUUCCAACUCACCGGCUAUGGUGA